AUGAAUAAUGUGGAAAAACGUUUCGAGUGUGACAUUUGCCACACAAAAUUUCGUCAUAACAGGGAUCUGAAAAGACACCGUAUGGUGCACACUGGCGAAAAACCCUUUAAGUGCGACAUUUGUCAUAAUACGUUCAGGCAACAAGCAGUUUUGAACAGACAUCUCCGAGUGCACACUGGCGAAACACCCUUCCAGUGUGACAUUUGUCUUAAAAAGUUCAAGUAUAAGAAAUCUUUGAAGAGACACCUCAAUCUGCACACUGCUGAAAUACUUUUUGAAUGCGAUAUUUGCCAUAAGGAGUUUAGGCGAAAAGAAAGUUUGAAUGAACACCUCAAGGUACAUCAUGAGGAAGAACCCUCUGAGUGUGAUAUUGCCCAGGCAAAAUCCGAUCAAAAAAUUGUUUCGAAAAGACAUCUUAAGAUGCACACUGAUGAGAAACCCUUUAAAUGCGACAUUUGUCAUAAGAAGUUUGCGCGAAUAGGAUUUUUGAAUGAACACCUCAUAGUGCACACUGGCGAAAAACCAUUCGAGUGCGAAAUUUGCCAUAAAAAGUUUGUACGAAAAAGAAAUUUGGAAGGACACCUCAAUCUGCACACUGGUGAGACACCCUUCGAGUGCGACAUUUGCCACAAGAAGUUUGGCCUUAGAGGAAAUUUGUAUGAACACCUCAAGGUACAUAAUGAGGAGAAAAAUUUCGAGUGUGAGAUUUGCCAUAAGCAGUUUGGUCGUAGAGGAAGUUUGAAUUUACACCUCAAGGUGCACAGUGGUGAAGAAUCUUUCGAGUGCGACAUUUGCCAUAGAAAGUUUGUGCACAAAACAUCCUUCAAUAGACACCUCAAAGUGCACACUGGCGAAAAACCUUUUGAGUGCGAAAUUUGCCAAAGGAAGUUUGGACGAAGAGGAACUUUGACUCGACACUUCACACUGCACACUGGCGAACAACCCUUUGAAUGCGACAUUUGCCAUAAGAAAUUUAGACAAAAAGGAAUCAUGAAUAAACACCGUACGGUGCAGCAUUAUAGUGUGAAACCCUUGAAGUUUGAAACGAAUGAACACCUUGAGGAAGGCAUUGGCGAUAUACCAUUCGAAAGUCAUACUGGUGAUGAUGAAAAGUUCUCGACAAAAUGCCAUCUGAUUGGACACACCAAUAAUAUAAAACCAUCCGAAUGUGAGUUUGAUGAACAUGGUGGUGAUUCUUUCGCAUCAGAAGAAGACCAUUGCGAGACCGAUAUCACUGAAAAUAAGUGCAAGAUCGAAAUUGAAUACAACGAGCUUCCAUUGGACGAACGAGAUGGAUGUCAUUGA